AUGGCAGUUCGGGGCCGCUUUAUCCGCAAGACCGGCCCGUAUAACAGCCUAGGGGCGCCUAAACCGGCCGAGUGCCCCGCCAUCAACCCCAUGGGACCAAGUGGGAAUGAGGGGAACAGCGACCCCAUCGGAGACGACCAAGAGGGAAGCAAGACCGAGAGAUAUCCGAGCAUCAUUCGCGUGGAAGAUCAGCAAACAGCAAUGGCGUCCAACACCCCAUUCACCCUCAAGUGGGGUAUCAUGGCAACCGGGUGGAUUGCUGAGACAUUCACCCAGGAUCUGCUCACCAAUCCCGCCACCACCCGCGACGUCCACGAUGUCCGUCACGAGGUCGUUGCCGCAGCCUCGUCUAGCUCCAAGCAGAGGGCCGAGGAGUUCCUCGUAAAGAUCAAGGCCCCCAGUUCGGCCAAGGCUUACGGAUCCUACCACGAGCUCGUCGCCGACCCUGAGAUUGAAAUCAUCUAUGUGGCUACUCCCCACAGCCAUCACUUCCAGAAUGCCAUGCUUGCUCUCGAGGCCGGCAAGAAUGUUUUGUGCGAGAAGGCCCUCACGGUGACGGCCUCGCAGGCCCAGAAGCUGGUCCAGAAGGCCAAGGAGAAGAAUGUCUUCUUCAUGGAAGCGGUCUGGACUCGCUAUCAGCCCAUUAGCAUCAAGGUCAGGGAGUUGAUUCAGUCUGGAGUCAUUGGCACCGUCUACCGUGUUGUUGCCGAUCUGUCGGUUGGCAAUGACAAGCCCGAUGGCACCGUUAGCUUCGCCGACACCAACCGCAUGGUCAACCCCGACCUGGCUGGGGGUGCCCUUCUUGAUCUCGGCAUCUACUCGCUUACAUGGGUCUUCCAGACCAUGUACCAUCUGCAGCAGGAGAAAGAAAAGCCCAAGGUUGUGGCUGCCGUCCAGAAGUACCAUACGGGCGCCGAUGAGGCCACCAGUAUUAUUAUGCAGUGGCCGCAACAUAAGAGCCAGGGCAUUGCCCUGACCUCUCUCCGGCUGGCUACCGGGGUGGACAGCGAGAACACGGGCGGACCGGCUAUCCGGAUUCAGGGUUCCGGCGGCGAGAUCCACGUGACGGGACCGGCGUACCGGCCGCUGCAGUACAAGGUGAUCCGAAGUGAUGCCGGCGGCAAGAUUGAGACGGUCGACUUUUCGAUUCCCAAGGACCCCGAGCGGAAUUGGGGCCACGGCAUGUUCUGGGAGGCCGACGAAUGCGCGCGCUGCAUUCGGGACGGCAAGAAGGAAAGCGAGUCGUUGCCGUGGCAAGAGAGCCUGGUGAUGAUGGAGGUGAUGGAGGAAGCGCUGAAGCAGGGCGGAGUGACGUAUCCCGACCUGAUCACGACUGAUGUGUUUGAUGCGCAGAGCCCGCUGAACACGGGCAAGAGGUAG